UCCUCCUACGCGGUGCGGAAGGGUAUGGCGUAUUUCCCGGAGGCGGGUUUCUUAAAUCACAGCUGCGCACCGAAUGCGACGUACGACGUGAUGCCGGAGCACACGUUCCAUGAGUCGGAGUAUUACUUGGACGAAGCCUUGCAAGCAGAAGCCUCAGACGCCACAGACCCAACACCGUCGGCAGCAGCAAUCGAAGAAAAAGAUGAAACAGUUGUCAUGGAUGAAAAGUUCUCUCCCUCCAGAAGGACACAUCCAAGCAAUCGUGUGGAAGAGAAGGAAAACGGAGAGGAUGGAAACAACUCCACGGCGUCUCGUGAACUAACAGUUGGGGCUCCGGUGCAAUAUUUGUUUUGUUGCCGUGCCACCGCCAACAUUCCCGCUGGAUCGGAAAUCCUUAUCAGUUACGUUCCACCCGAAUGGUCUUUUGACAACCGUCAAUACGUUAUACAUGAUCGUUAUCGAUUUUGGUGCAAAUGCCCAAAGUGUGCCCCCACAUUGGACGCUAAAUACGCCCGUGUACCUAAGCUCAUUGUCUUUUUAUUGGUUUUUAGUGUUUUUCUACAGCUGCUUGUAUUGCAUAAACGUGACGUGGAGCAGACGGCAGCGCGUGAAAAUUUGGUGACGGAAGAAGAUUCCACUUUCUACAGGGAUGACAACGACGAGGAUGAUGCGCCGAUGGAGCAGCGGCGUGCGCCACGAAAACGCCCGCGUGGGUUAUUUGAGUUGCUUGAAGAGGAAAGGCUUCAGGAAAUGUACGCUACUGACAGACGCCCCCUGCCUGCAGUAUUGGCUAAUGACCAAUGGGCUCGUCCACCGCGAUAG